AAUUUCGCCUUUUAAAGAUAGCUAAAGGAAGAUGGCAGCGUGCGCAAUACGUCGGGGUUUAUUGUCCACCGCCAGUAAAUAUAACACGCAGAAAUGCACAAAUAGAAUACUGAGUGCAAUUGAUUUCAGCAGCGGAUUAGAUGCGAAAAGACCCCAGGCGUUGUGUUCAGCUUGCGGGCUGUCCAGUGUUCAGCCAACGAGGUUUAUGUCAUCACGAAACAGACCAGAAGGAAAAAUAUUGGAACCUGUUGGAGUGUUUGAGGCCCUGAAGCAACAUGGCAAAUAUGAAACCGGCCAGCUUUUCCUGCACAGUGUAUUUGGUUACAGAGGAAUAGUGUUGUUCCCCUGGCAUGCUCGACUCUAUGAUCGAGAUGUGAGCCCUGCUGCACCUGACAGCAACCCGGACUCUGUGGGUCAUGGGUCCAAAGAGGUUAAGGGGAAAAUGCAUACAUACUACCAAGUCCUCAUAGACACCAGAGACUGCCCACACAUAUCUCAGCGGUCUCAGACCGAAGCCGUUACGUUUCUAGCCAAUCAUGAUGACAGCAGGGCCUUGUAUGCUAUACCAGGAUUGGAUUAUGUUAGUCAUGAAGACAUCCUGCCUUAUAACUCCACUGAGCAAGUUCCUAUCCAGCAUGAACUGUUUGAACGCUUCCUCAUGUUCAACCCCUCCAGAAAUCCCCCAUUCAAUGCAAGAGAUACACUGAGGGCCUGGCAGGAGAAGAACCAUCCCUGGCUGGAGCUCUCAGAUGUACACAGAGAAACCACAGAGAACAUCCGUGUCACUGUGAUCCCCUUCUACAUGGGCAUGAGAGAAGCUCAGAGCUCCCAUGUGUAUUGGUGGCGAUAUUGCAUUCGUCUGGAGAACCUGGGCAAUGAGGUGUUUCAACUCAGGGAAAGACACUGGAGGAUCUUCAGUCUCUCAGGGACUCUGGAAACAGUCCGUGGCAGAGGAGUGGUUGGCAAGGAGCCAGUUUUGUCAAGAGAACAGCCAGCCUUUCAGUACAGCAGUCAUGUUUCACUACAAGCACCCAGUGGACACAUGUGGGGGACAUUCUGUUUUGAGAGGACAGAUGGCUCACACUUUGAUGUCCGUAUUCCACCUUUUUCACUAGAGAGCAAUAAGUAUGACAAAGCUUCCCCUCCUGGCUAUCCCUUGUAAGAAACAUGCUCCUAAAGGACUCCCAUCACAUCUCAGCAUCCUUUCUAGGCUGUUCAUUUGGAGAUCCAGAUUUGACCUUUAUCAGUGCUCCAUAAAUAUAUGAUGGAUUUAGCUAAACAUUAUCCAGCCUGACUUUAACUGCAGCAAAGGAGAUUUGUAGCAGAGGUAUACCGCACAAAAGUAAAAGCAGUAAAAAUACAAUAUGGUAUGAUGCAAUUAGUCUGGUAAGAAUUGAGACUGCGAAUUGGGGGCGUGGCUAACUUUCUCCCUCGCACCUCGAAAGUCUGUAUUGAGAGAGAGUUUAAAUGUGAUUUUCUUUUUUCUUUUUUUUAUUUAUUUGAACUGCUGUAUUCAUCAGUGGAAUAAGCAUGAGAGUUAAUAAAGCUAAUUGUCAGUACAUUUCUUAGUUGGUUCAGACUUUGGUUAGCUUGAGCUGCGUUGAAAUCUAGUUUAGCCUACUCUUCUGCCCUGGAUGAGAUGGUCUGUUUAUCCUUGGGGUGAACAUUAUAUAUUUUCUCCAAGUACAAAUUGCCAGAAAAAUUAUUCUGUAGCCAUGCCAAAGUCGGCUUAAAGAGAGCCUAGUGGGCUAAAACUGUAUUCGAGAUUGUCAUCUUGAGACCAAUCGUUGAUCAUACAUUUGAAUUCAACUGAUGGAUAAUGAACUGCUUUACUGUUUACUGUAAAUAUGUUUGUAAAAGCAUAAAUAAAAUGACAUUUUGAA